AUGGCGACAAACUUCGACAUGAACAACAUGACCGUGGAACAACUUAUGGCACUUAGUGAGAUAGUUGAUGACAGCGAUAUUAGUGAUUUCGAAGAUGAAGUGGAGAAGAUAAAGAAUGACGAAUUCUAUCGAGUUGCACCUAAGGAUAAGGGCAAAGAUCCCUUUGAAGGAAAAAGUCAAUUCAUAGAUGAAGGUGACCGUUCUACUGACCCAAAGAGACCAAGAAGACGCCCAUUGAAUGAGAAGGGUGAGAGGGGAAUUAUGCCGACGUGGAAAUAUUCCGAGAGACAGAAGGCAAAGGCUUUACUAGUUGAGGAGGCAUAUCAAAGUCUACUCAGUCAGGGAGUUGAGGGUUUACCACCAACAAUGGGAGGUAGAUGGAGAACGGAUGAUCCUCAGGUAAAUGCGGAGAUGAAGAGGCUAGAGAAUAUUAGGAAUCCGAAGCGUCCCAGAGGAAGGCCGCCAAAGGCUAAAUCUGAUGCCAAGGUUGUGAUUCCAAAGAAACGUGGAAGACAACCAAAGGCUAAGGUUGACACUGAGGUUGUUAUUCCAAAGAAACGUGGAAGACCAGCAAAGGUUAAGUCUGAGGCUGAGGUUGUGAUUCCAAAGAAACGUGGAAGACCACCAAAGGUUAAGAAGCAAAGUGUCGCGGAGAGGUUUAUGGCUCAAAAGAAAAUAAAACUCUCGAUUCCUGCGGAUAGUGUGAUAACCCAGGUGGGACCUAAUAAGUUCACGGUGACGGUGGAUCUAAACAAAAGACCAACAAGGAAAGCUCCUGAGGUGCCAAAAGGUGUAACUCCAUGGAGGCCUGUUCCUAAGCCCAGGACAGUGUUCCCUAAAGAGAGACCGGUUCCUAAGCCAAGGACGGUGUUCCCUAGAGAGAGACCAGUUCCUAAGCCAAGAACUAAAAAGCCAGUGCCUCCUCCAAAGUUAAGAAAGCCUGUGAAGGUAACGAAGGAAGUUGGGGAACAGCCCGCAGUGGUCACACCAGAGAAACACGAGAUUGAUCCAUUUGGAACAUAUCUUGAGAAGCCUUCUUAUAGAAAGAUAGAAACUGCCGCAAAUGGUGCAGCGGUGACUUACUCAAUAACUCCAAACUUUAUGGAUCCCUUGGACCAGAUGACAGCAAGUAGGCAGGUUGUGAGGGGAAUUCUAGUGAACGAGUUGAAGAGAAUGGGAGGUCUAAAAUAUACGGAGACAAUUAAGGUGAGAAUGUCCAAGGAAAUCGGAAAUGAUAAAACAAAGAAGGAUUCAGUGUACUUUAAGUCAAAAACUGGAACUGCAACUAACUUUGAGAUAUUGAAAGCACUGCAGCUCAGAACCAACUGA